CGGGGUUUUUGAUCCUUCCGAGCCUUAAUGGAAUUUAUCAGCGGUUUGCAGUUUCUGCGUGACCCAACAUGAAAGAAACACUACUCCAGGAUGCUAGCAGAGGAUGCAGAAGGGGACUUGGUGCACCUGUACUUGCAUAAACAUGAAUAUCUCGCAUCCCCUUUGUGCGCGUCUGUUCCGCAGCCCUGGGCUGUUUAGGUCAAACGGAAAUUUAAUUAGACGGGCCGGUCCCUACUUGAAGGCCAUGGAGGGCGCGCAGGACACAACGUUGCUGGAACGCGAGGACACAUCCUAUAUGGGAUGGAUACAUGCGGGCAUCACAAUCUUUUGCUUUGCCGCGCCGUCCGCAGUAAUGGCAAUGCCCUUUGCGAUAGGCAAUGCUGGAUUCCUGGGAGGAAUGAUUCUGUGCCUGAUCGUCACAGGUGCUUCAAUCCUGGGUGCCAAGCUCCUGCUUCGCUUGAAAUUGCUGUAUCCUGAUUGUAAGACCUUCGGAGAUAUUGGUUUCCAAGUGCUGGGGACUCCUGGUAAAAUCUGGGGCAACCUUAUCCAGCUAGGGAAUUUCUGCUUAUUCAUGCCAUGUGCCCUUCGCUUCUGCGGUCUCGCCUUGAAGGGCAUUGGCAACUUCCCUGGCUUCGAUGAGUGUGUGGACUAUUAUGUCUUUGUCGUGGCUUUCGUUUGCCUUGUCACGACACAAGUACGUAGCUUCAAGAAUGCUCAAUGCUUCACAGUUUUAUCCCUCGCCUGCGUGAUUGGCAUGGUGCUUUCCAUGGUCUAUGCCUCCUUCCGCUAUGAGAACCCACACAAGAUUCCGGCCAUGUGGUUUGGCAAUCCGGAGCCAGAAGAGGGCUUGAGACUCAUAAGGUUGGCAGGUGGUUGCAGCAUUGCCGCUUGGGCGUUCAUCCCCGGAUUCUUGACGGUAGAGCUGAGUUCCUGCUUAGCAGAGCCGUCGGAGUUCAACAAGUCCCUGUUGCUGGCAGGGGCAUUGAAUGUGUUAGGGUUCUGCGCUGGGUGCGUGGUCAUUGCCCGAUGGGGCUACAAAGUGGGAGAAGUGAUUGCAGUCACACCUGUCAUGGCAUGGACACCGGGGCUUGCGGUCAACUCAGUCUUCAACGCUUGCCAGCUUGGCGGGAAUUUUGUGUCAUAUAUGUUGGACUCUGUUCCUCUCGGCCGAUUUUGUCAGCGCGCUUGGGCUCCAGAUUUCAAAGACACCUGGUCAGCGGGAGACAUUGGCCGUUACCUCACCUACACUCUCCCGGUUUUCGCAUUUGCUUUGACUUUGAGCGUGUUCACUCCAAGCAUCAAUGUCCUUCUGGAUUUUACCACAGCUUUGACGACGCCAUGGGUCAGCCAUGUUUACCCUGCAGUGAUCUACUGGAGGUUGAAGACGAGAGGUGGAAUAAACGUCCCGCCCCAACCCAUGACGAUCAAGGAGAAGCUGAUCGUAUCCUAUGUGUUUCUGGUUGGAUGCCUGGCAGUCUUUGCAUGCUUUGUUAAAGCAAUUGGCUUCCUGGUCUUUGAAGAGCUGCGACCCAAGUUCCAGGCGAUCGCGGAGGAAUUGGGGGGUUUGGAGGGAAGCCCGUCAAACGUUGAAUCCCUUUCACAUCGGAGCCACAUCGGAGUGACAUGCAUGGCGAUACUAAGAGCUGAUAGUACCAACCAUGUACCUCCAGCCAACCUGAUCCGCAAGGUUGGCUGCGACGGCUGGCUGCUUUGGAAGCCGUAACGACAUUGGACGAGCUUGGAGAGUCACAAGCAUGUCAUGCAUGAAUUUCGGGAUUUUGGGCCCACCUGGAACUGCAUCAUCACUCCAGGUCCCAGGGUUCCUUCGAACUCUGAUGUGUGGGCCCCACAAGCCACAUUGCGUCCGAAUGGCUUAGCAGAUGUACUUGGCAUUCACUGAGAAGUGCGGACGUAGAUUUCGUCAAAGUUGGACGUACCUUUCGAUCAAACCGGACCUUGAGCUGGAAAAA